AUGAUGUCAACCUCGUCUCCUAAACGUUCUCUACUCGAGACUGACAGCCUACUAUGUGCACCCGGAACGUUACACGAAAUGGAAAAACGACUGAUAGAUGGAAGGUUACAACGCGUGUAUCGCAAUUUGUGGCCUUCUAUUCGAGACUUCUGGCUAUCCUCCGUCUCGCAACAUGGCUCGGAGACUUAUAUUGUCGAGCCUGGACGGCAACGAAUGACGUAUCAGCAGGUUCAUGAGCAGGCAAUAAAGACUGCCAAUUUAUUCUAUCUUGUGUAUGGUAUCAGAAAGGGGGACAGGAUCGGUAUUUGUUGUAGAAAUUGCACGGAAUACCUUGUUGUCUUCUGGGCUAGCCAGCUUCUCGGCGCCGUCGUGGUCAAUGUGAAUGCGUAUGUGAAUCCCUUUCCUCCCGAACUCCUUGAGCCUAACAAAGGGUUCAGAUGGCUUCCCGUCGAGCCACUAGCCUUCUGCGUGACACACACAGAGUGCAAACUUCUCCUGCUGGACGUGGAACGAGCCGACAGACUGUCGUCCUCAGCCACUAUCUUGAACAGCCGUUACCUUACCGGCGUCCUCGUAAUCACAGUCAAUGAACAGGAGGGUCAGAGGAAGUGGAAAGGCAUGGAGAAUUUUCACUCCGCCUUACGCGACCACUUGACCACUACUGCAAACCCAAUACCCGCCGUGGAUCUCGAACCAGAAGACAAUGCCGUCAUAAUGUUCACUUCAGGUACCACUGGUCUUCCCAAAGGAGUUCUUAGCACGCAACGCCAGUUUCUCACCAACGUCCUUAAUACGUUAGUCGGCACUCGUAGAGCAGCAUUACGCCGCGGCGAAGAUCUCGCCCCCGUGCAGAACGCUGGUCCUCAGAAGGGCGCACUAGUCGCCGUUCCGUUGUUUCAUGUCACCGGCCUUACGAGCUACACUAUGAUGUCCACUAUGCUCGGAUACAAGGUAAUUCUCAUGCGCAAGUGGAUACCAGAAGAAGCUUCAAGGCUUAUUUCAGAGGAGAAUGUCAGCGUCGCUGGAGGUGUUCCAGCCAUGGUUCAAGACAUUAUGGACUCCCAUCUCAAGGGGUCCCCACUUGAAGGCCUAUUUUUCGGAGGAUGCCCUGCACCGAAUGUCCUCGUCGAAACCGCUCAAAGAGUAUUCCCGAACACCCGAUUGAGCCAAGCAUAUGGCUUAACCGAAACUAACUCUAUCGCUGUCGCGAUUGCCGGUGAUGAUUACAUUGCAAGACCUACGAGCACCGGCGGAGCUUGUCCGGUCAAUGACAUGGUCAUCAUGUCCGGUAACGUAGAAGCCCCUCCCGGGACCGUCGGCGAAAUAUGGCUGCGUGGUCCAAACAUUAUGAAGGGAUAUUGGCGUGAUCCUGAGGCAACAAGUAAAGUCUUGACUUCGGACGGCUGGUUGAAGACCGGAGACAUCGGCAUAAUAGAUGAGGAAGGAUUUUUACAUGUCAAGGACAGAAUAAAAGACAUAAUAAUCCGAGGCGGGGAGAACAUUGCUUCUGUAGCAGUCGAGAAUGCUCUCUACACGGAUACGAGAAUCAUGGAAGCAGCCGCGGUAGGUGUACCUGAUCCCCGUUUGGGUGAACUCGUCGCGGCAGUCGUCUCUGUAAAGCCCUCCUUCCGCGGAACGGUGAACGAAAAUAGUUUAAUAGAAGUUGCACGGAAACAUUUACCUAGGUUCGCGGUCCCGGUCAUGAUUGUCGUAUCUGACAAGCCAUUUGAAUUGACUCCCUCGGGGAAAAUAAUGAAGGAACCUUUGCGAAAACUUGCACGACGGUAUUGGGAGGAACGUGUGCGUAGCAUGAACGAGGAUAAGGUUGUCGCAAAUCUAUAA